AUGAACAAAAAACAAAUAGAAUUAAUUGAACUUUGGAGUAGAAGUUCAAAGCCACCAACGAACGUUUUAUCACCACCUGAAAAUCAACAACAAAUUCGUCCUUCAUCAUCAUAUACCCCCGACUCUAUUCCUUCAUGCAUAUUUGGCGAACCAGAAAAUGAAAUUGAAAUUAUUGCAAGUGAGCCUCCAUGUUCAUCAUCAAACGUUGCUGAUAUUCAACACGUGUCUUCUUCCAUUGAAUACGAAACUCCUAACAAGUCAAAUUUGAACAAAAAAUCAAGUACUAAAAUUCGUCGUAAUUACCUUCCCGAUUGA